GUGCAUUUCCCCAAGAAUCAUUGUCUCCCCCACAUGGAACAGUGUAUUACCCUUAUGUGACUGAUCCAUACAGCCAGCCACCAUUAACUGGUUUUGACUCCUGUGUACCUGUUGUGCCUACGUAUCACUAUUUAGGAUCUUGGCAACCUAUGAGCCAGCCCUACAACAGUUCCCCACGGAUUCACAAUGCAGUCAAUGCUGGCCACCUACACCAAGUGAGCUACAUCGCAGCACCCACUCCUCCAACCCACUUUGUGCCCCAGGCUAUUUGA